AAAAUUAUCAUCGAGGCGCAUGUGACAUUUUAUAGAAUAAUCUUCAAAUGUUUCUAUAAAGAGCAUCUUCAAGGGCAGCUACUAAUCAUCAACAUCACUUCCAAGUCCAAGAGAAAAAAGUAGAAACAUACAAAUACAAAACCAAGAUCCAAAAAAAAAAAAAAAAAAUGGNUGGAGAUCUUGAUCUAUUUGUCCUGGGUUUUGUUGCUUGCCCUCUUCUCCUUUGUAUUUCUAAAGAAGAAGAAUCAACGACUUCCUCCGGGCCCUAGGGGUCUCCCGCUCAUCGGAAUCUUGCACCAAUUCACAGGAAUCCCUCACAAGUGGUUUCAUCAGCUGUCACUCAAACACGGACCCGUGAUGGCUCUUCCUCUAGGGAUAACGACAGCUGUUGUGAUCUCCUCAAGCGAAGCGGCUGAAGAAGUUCUCAAAACCAAAGAUGUUGAGACAUGUACUCGACCACAGAUGUUGGGGGCGAGGAGACUCUCGUAUAACUUUAAAGAUAUCACUUUUGCACAGUUCACUGAUACUUGGAAAGAGAACCGUAAAGUCUCGAUGGUGGAGCUUUUGAACUUCAAGAAGCUUCAAACUUUUAAGUCUUUAAAGGAGGAAGAGAUGGAUUUCAUGGUGAAGAGGAUAUCCAAUUCGGCUUUGGAACAAUCUCCCGUGGAUAUAAACAACAUAUCUAUGGGCCUCGUCUCCCACAUCUUAUGUAGAUCAUCGUUAGGACAGAACUUGCACACGAACAAGUUUUUCGACGAGGAGAGAAUCAUACAGCUUGUUAUGGAAGGCUCCCUAGCCACAGGUGAAUUUGGUGUCGCUGAUUUCUAUCCUGGUAAACUAGGAAACUUUGCAGAUUGGUUGCUCCAAAGAAAAAGAGUGAUACUAGAGAAAAUGUUUAAGGAGCUUGAUGACUUUUACCAACAUGUGAUUGAUGAUCACUUGAAGUCAUCAGAUGGACCCAAAGGUACAGAUCCUUCUGCCGAUAUCGUUUCCGGGAUGCUGAAUUUGGUUGAUAAAAAUGGAACUCCUGGCUCCAAACGCAACUUGGAUCAAGUCAAAGGAGUACUCAUGAAUCUUUUUCUAGGAGGGAUAGAUACAGUUGCCAUAAUUCUGAUAUGGGCAAUGACAGAACUCAUUAGACACCCAAGGGCGAUGAAGAAAGCACAAGAAGAGAUUCGGUCUGUCCUCGGAGAGAAAAGAGAGAAGCUCACGGAAGAAGACUUAGAGAAAGUCGAAUACUUGAAGCUCAUAGUCAAGGAAACAUUCAGAUUGCAUCCAUCAGUUCCAACUAUACCUAGAGAAUCGAUGUGUCCAAUAAAGAUCCAAGGCUAUGAUAUCCCUGCAAACACGCGGAUCUACAUCAACGUAUGGGCGAUUGGACGAGAGGCCAAGGUUUGGGAAAACCCUGAAGAAUUCAUCCCUGAGCGGUUCAUGGAUAGUGAUGUCCAUUUCAAGGGACAACACUAUGAGUUGUUACCCUUUGGUUCUGGUCGGAGACUCUGUCCCGCGGUUUCAUUUGCCAGCAGUACAAUAGAAUUUGGGCUCUUGAAUAUGCUUUACUUCUUUGACUGGAGCUUACCCGAUGGUGUGGUCGCCGAAGACAUUGAUAUGGGAGAUAUUGGAAAUAUCUCCUUUUACAAGAAAGUACCUCUCGUCCUUGUUCCCGCUAAACACCAUUAACGAGAUCGUCAGAAAAAUAUUUUCAAACAAUUUGUCAUUUUGUUUGAAAUCUUUAAUUAAGUAUACCGUUGAAGAUAUUAAUGUUUGUUGUAUCUUUCACGAUUUUUAUCAAUAAUAAAAGUGUUUUUAUUUCUUCCUA